GUUCGUUGAAUGAAGGAAUAAAAAUGAAUUCAAAAGAAAUUGUUAUACUUUAGAUCUGAUUUAUUGGUUACUUUUACAGUGCUAGGUCUUUUACGCUAUCUCAAAUCCUUAAAGCAACCCAUAUGAAGUCAGUCUUGCUUCUGUGAAGACAGAUUUUUCCCUAAGGGCUCUCUAAUACCCCGUGUGGGAUGGUGGGAUAGUGGGCCUUAGUGUUGGUCUUUUGUGUUGUGGUCGGGCACUUAGCACUGGCAGCACUGAAUCCAUCUUGGUGAGGGGAAGGCCAUAUUGUCCCUAUAUAGCCUCCACACCUACUGCUUUGGCCACUUUGUCAUCGGUCCAUUGAGCAAGCAAUGGGACGAUUGGGAAAGAGGCUGACUGACAUCCAUAAGACAAGUCAUCUUGACCACAUGAUUAUUGAGAGCCUGUCUGUAGUGGGCAUUGAUGUGAGACACAAAUACGCUCACAUUCUGUGCUAUAGUGAAAGGUUCGUAUACGUACUUCUGCACACCUCCCUUUAAAAAAUAUAUAAUUUCCCAAUCUUGUUCUUUCCUAGUCACUGACCAGCAGGCCAUCCAUUAGCCACUGCCCAAGAUCAUCAUAGAUACGUCCCUUUGGCACUCCUCCUGACAGGUAAACCACCACGUGUGCUGCUCAGAGUUCUGCCCACUGGGAAGAUUUCCCUUCACCACUCUCUUUCAGGCCAUCCCUGAGUGGGGCUGCCUUUUCUCACUUCUGGCUGGUGUCAGCACACUGCAUGUCCAUCCAUAAACAAGCAUGCCUUUUUCCUGCCCUGCUAACUGGCCUGAGGAUCCUCCCCAUGGGGCCUUAAAUGUGGGUCUAGAAAACUUACAAGGAAGGAGGAACAAACAGUAGGGGAGUCCGGGCUGCCGAUCCCUGCAGUUUACUUGUGCCAUCCAGACUUGCUUAAGCCUAGUCUUGCUUUUACCGUACCAAGUGGAUUAGUGCUGUACAUGUCUAGUUUUAUGAUUCAGUGAACCCGAUAAUACUCUGUUCACGAUGGGCUGUUCUUUUGACACAGUCUCUUCAUUUUCCAUAGGCGGUCAUUGCAUCUCUUCCUGGGCCUAGUAACAAGCCAGGAACCACAGACAGUGGUUGCUGGCAAACCCUAAGGGGUCUGAAACUCUUACUCUUUCCUUGGUGCUUGUCAGAGAGAGGGGUCCCUAGUUCAUUCCUGCUUGCCAUGUCAUUUCCAGUACUACUGGGUAUGCUGAGGCAUAGGCUCAAGGGUUAGAGCAGCUUUCAUUGCUCUAGAACCUUCUCUUGGAAUGGGCUUCAAUAAAAACUGGCAGGCUCAUAGGUUACCCAGUAAAUGGGUCAGAACAGCAUAUCCAAGUAUUGAAACUCACUAUUUGUUUUACCUCUCUCAGUGCAAGUGGUGCAAGGUGUAGUAAUUUCUCUCACUUGAGACGGGAUAUCCUGGCUCAGACCAGGGAAAUCCUAGUGUGGUGAGUCCCUGAACUUUCAUGAGUUUUUUUCCAUCCUCUGGAUUGUGUAUGUGUCUUACGCAGGUGUCCAAAGUGCUUGCUAGUUUUUGUUCACCAGGUCCAGUUAAGAAAAUGGCAUCCAUGUGAUGGACCAGUAUGGUGAUCUGUGGGCUGUCAAGAUGAUCAAGGACUCUCCAGACUAUAUUAUGGCGAUUCAGACAUAGUCCUCAGGCACAUUCUCAAGGACAGCCAGAAGCAGCCCCAGCCCACAUCGCAGUCUCUGAAGUCAGUGUUUUUAGCUGCUACUUGGACUUUGAGCACUCUCCACCUGCACUCCAUCCUGUGACACCAUGCACAGGUUGCAUGAUGGAAUUUGAACAUUACUUCAAGAGGUGUUAUGUUUUGGAUUAGUUAAUUGAGUUUGUCCUCUGCUGACUGUUUCUUCGGACGCAUUUUUUGGUGUGCUCUUGAGGGAUUAAAUGCAAAGAGAUCAUACCAUGGACUACAAGGAAAGCUGCCCAAGUGUAAGCAUUCCCAGCUCUGAUGAACACAGAGAGAAAAAGAAGAGGUUUACUGUUUAUAAAGUUCUGGUUUCAGUGGGAAGGAGUGAAUGGUUUGUCUUCAGGAGAUAUGCAGAGUUUGAUAAACUUUACAACACUUUAAAAAAACAGUUUCCUGCUAUGGCUCUGAAGAUUCCUGCCAAGAGAAUAUUUGGUGAUAAUUUUGAUCCAGAUUUUAUUAAACAAAGAAGAGCAGGACUAAAUGAAUUCAUUCAGAACCUUGUUAGGCAUCCAGAACUUUAUAACCAUCCAGAUGUCAGAGCAUUCCUUCAAAUGGACAGUCCAAAACACCAGUCAGAUCCAUCUGAAGAUGAGGAUGAAAGAAGUUCUCAGAAGCUACACUCUACCUCACAGAACAUCAACCUGGGACCAUCUGGAAAUCCUCAUGCCAAACCAACUGACUUUGAUUUCUUAAAAGUUAUUGGAAAAGGCAGCUUUGGCAAGGUUCUUCUUGCAAAACGGAAACUGGAUGGAAAAUUUUAUGCUGUCAAAGUGUUACAGAAAAAAAUAGUUCUCAACAGAAAAGAGCAAAAACAUAUUAUGGCUGAACGUAAUGUGCUCUUGAAAAAUGUGAAACAUCCAUUUUUGGUUGGAUUGCAUUAUUCCUUCCAAACAACUGAAAAGCUUUAUUUUGUUCUGGAUUUUGUUAAUGGAGGGGAGCUUUUUUUCCACUUACAAAGAGAACGGUCCUUUACUGAGCACAGAGCUAGGUUUUAUGCUGCUGAAAUUGCUAGUGCAUUGGGUUACUUACAUUCCAUCAAAAUAGUAUACAGAGACUUGAAACCAGAAAAUAUUCUUUUGGAUUCAGUAGGACAUGUUGUCUUAACAGAUUUUGGGCUUUGUAAAGAAGGAAUUGCUAUUUCUGACACCACUACCACAUUUUGUGGGACACCAGAGUAUCUUGCACCUGAAGUAAUUAGAAAACAGCCCUAUGACAAUACUGUGGAUUGGUGGUGCCUUGGGGCUGUUCUGUAUGAAAUGCUGUAUGGAUUGCCUCCUUUUUAUUGCCGAGAUGUUGCUGAAAUGUAUGACAAUAUCCUUCACAAACCCCUAAGUUUGAGGCCAGGAGUGAGCCUUACAGCCUGGUCCAUUCUGGAAGAACUCCUAGAAAAAGACAGGCAAAAUCGACUUGGUGCCAAGGAAGACUUUCUUGAAAUUCAGAAUCAUCCUUUUUUUGAAUCACUCAGCUGGGCUGACCUUGUACAAAAGAAGAUUCCACCACCAUUUAAUCCUAAUGUGGCUGGACCAGAUGAUAUCAGAAACUUUGACACAGCAUUUACAGAAGAAACAGUUCCAUAUUCUGUGUGUGUAUCUUCUGACUAUUCUAUAGUGAAUGCCAGUGUAUUGGAGGCAGAUGAUGCAUUCGUUGGUUUCUCUUAUGCGCCUCCUUCAGAAGACUUAUUUUUGUGAACAGUUUGCCAUUCAGAAACCAUGGAGCAAAAUAAGUCUAUAGAUGGGACUGAAACUUCUAUUCAUGUGAAUUUAUUCAAAUAUGUAUAACUAGUGCCUCAUUUUUACAUGUAAUGAUGAAAACUGAAAAAAUGUAUUUUCUGCUAUGUGCAAGAAAAAUAGGGCAUUUCAAAGAGCUGUUUUGAUUAAAAUUUAUAUUCUUGUUUAAUAAGCUUAUUUUUAAACAAAAUUUAAAAGCUCUUAUUCUUAGCAUUAACCUAUUUUUAAAGAAACCUUUUUUGCUAUUGACUGUUUUUUCCCUCUAAGUUUACACUAACAUCUACCCAAGAUAGACUGUUUUUUAACAGUCAAUUUCAGUUCAGCUAACAUAUAUUAAUACCUUUGUAACUCUUUACUAUGGCUUUUGUUAUCACAUCAAAACUAUGCAAUUGGUACAUGGUUGUUUAAGAAGAAACCGUAUUUUUCCAUGAUAAAUCACUGUUCGAAAUAUUUGGUUCAUGGUAUGAUCAAAGUGUAAAAGCAUAAUGAAUACAUUGGCUGCUAGUUAACAAUUGGAAUAACUUUAUUCUGCAGAUCAUUUAAGAAGUAACAGGCCGGGCGCGGUGGCUCACGCCUAUAAUCCCAGCACUUUGGGAGGCUGAGGUGGGUGGAUCACCUGAGGUCAGGAGUCCGAGACCAGCCUGACCAACAUGGAGAAACCCUGUCUCCACUAAAAAUACAAAAUUGGCGGGGCAUGGUGGCGCAUGCCUAUAAUCCCAGCUACUUGGGAGGCUAAGGAAGGAGAAUCGCUUGAACCCAGGAGGCGGAGGUUGCUGUGAGCCGAGAUCGCGCCAUUGCACUCCAGCCUGGGCAACAAGAGGGAAACUCCAUCUCAAAAAAAAAAUAAGUAACAAAAAGAAAUUAUUUGUUUUUGAAAUACCAAUUCUACUUUGUGGAUUAUUUUUCCUCUGAAGGAAAAGAAAAAGUUUAAUGGUUAGGAUUUUUAAGUAUUCCCAAAGAUCUGAAGGGUAAUGAAAUGUACUGCUGGAUUUUUUGAGGUGGUACCAAAAAUGAAUGUCUCUCUGUCAUAUAUUUAUAUUACAAAUACAUUGUGUUUAUGUUCUGUUCAUCUUUUGAAUGUUUAGUAUGCUAUUAAGUCAUUCUAAAUCUUUGUAUUUGCUUUUGCAAAUAGGUAUUUCAAAGCUCUUUUCCUAAUUGGUUAAGUAAAAUAAAAAAUUGAGCUUUCUAGAGUAUUUGCCUAAUUGGGAAUUAAAAAGUAAAAUAACAGCCAGGCAUGGUGGCUCAUGCCUAUAAUCCCAGCAUCCUGGGAGGCCGAGGCAGGCAGAUUAUUUGAGCUCAGGAGUUUGAGACCAUCCUGGUCAACGUGGCGAAACCCUAUCUCUACAAAAAAUACAAAAACUAGCCAGACAUGGUGGCACAUAUCUUUAGUCCCAGCUACUCUGGAGGCUGAAGUUGGAGGAUGACUUGAGCCCAGGAGAUGGAAGUUGCAGUGAACUGAAAUCGUGCCACUGCACUUUUCAGCCUGGGUGCCAGAGCGAGACCCUAGUUAAGAAAAAAAAAAAAGAAAAAAACAAACUGUGGGUCAGUGUAAAUGUAUAUAGUUUUAUUGCAAUGUAACAAAAGCUGAAAAUCAGGCAGAUGUGUAUUCAGUAUCCAAUUCAAUAUAUCUUAGAAAAAGUGCAGGAAACAGACCUUAAAAUUGUAACCUACCAACUAACUUACAUGCUUAUAAAAGUAAAGGAGAAUAACUGGCUGGGCAUGGUGGCUUAUGCCUAUAAAAUCCCAGCACUUUGGGAGGCCAAGGCAGGAGGAUCAGUUGAGCCCACGAGUUCAAGACCAGCCUGGGCAAUGUAGUGACACCUCAUUUCUAUUUAUUUAAAAAAAAAAAAAAAAAAAAAAACAGAAGAACUUUAAAAAAUUAAAAAUAAGCUUACCUUGGAUUCUUGGCUUAGAGUAGAGGUUUUUUUAAGUUAUGUAGGAAACAUUUUUGUAAAAGUUUAAUGACCCACAUUAGAUGCUCCAAGAGCAAGCAUCCCUUCCAUGUAUGUCUUGAGAAAGAAAUCACGAAAGCAUUUCUCACCAAUAUUCUUUGGCUUAAAAGUGUUUAGCAGAAUUGGGCAGUGGGGGUGGCAGUGUGCUUUUCUUAUAUUAAUAUUUACAUCCAAUACACUGAAUCUUCCUUUAGAGGUAAGACUUUAAUAUCUACACUGUAAAUAUUUGGUUUAUUUGGCACUACUGUAAGUUUUGUUUUUACACAAAGCUCUUAUUAUAAAGCAAAAUAAAAAUUGUAGUUUCUUGUAUGAUUUUUUUGUACUCAUUCAUUCCUGUUAAGCUGCCAAAAAUUAAAGUGCAAUAUUGUAUAUUUUUAAGAACAAAUUUAAAAUAGAAUUUUGAUGUUUCUCAGAUCACAAGAAAUACAAAUCUAUAUAGUAUAAUAAAAUCAGCAAAAA